AUGGCGGACGUCCCUAUUCAGGUGAUUUCGGAGUACGCCGCCUCCGAGCGCCGCAUCACACCUUCAUGGACCAUCUUCAUGCUCAAGGCAAAGCUCGAGCCCGUCACAGGCAUCCCCCCUUCAUGCCAGAUACUCAGUCUCAAAACAUCAGCCGGCUCGGAAAAGAUCCCAGUCGAGGCAGCAGAUGAAGACGCCGUCCAACUGUCCAGCUUUCCCCUGGUCCCGUAUGCAGAGCUGCAUGUUGUUGAUACCCGCCCACCUUCAUCCAGGCCUAACUUCACCGAUACUUCAGGCGUUGAGAAAUAUGUCAUGCCCGAUGAUGAGUACGAGAAGAAGACAGACUCUGUGCUAGCAUGGAAGAAGACGGAAAAGCUUGGCCGAUUUGAUCCUACAGCGCCAAGCCGUGAGGAGGCCAAGGUGGCCGCCCUCAAGGAAGAGGUUGUCCAGCGUGGCAUUGAAGUCGGUAAAAGAUGCCGAGUCGGCGGCGAGGACACUCGUCGAGGUGAAGUCAAGUAUGUGGGCAACGUUGAAGAAAUUCCUGGUGGUGCUGGGCCGUGGGUGGGGGUUCAUCUAGAUGAGCCUGUGGGGAAGAACGACGGUAGCAUCUCAGGCAAGCGUUAUUGGGGACAGCCGUCAGAGCUAAAGCAUGGUGUUUUUGUACGGCCGGAAAGGGUGGAGAUUGGAGACUUUCCUGCACUCGACGAUUUGGAGGAUAUGGAGGAGAUUUGA